CUUUGUUAUUCUAUGGUCGCCUUUGUUAAGUCUUGUAAUGAUUAAAACCUGUCCGGCACGGUAAAUCCGGCCCUGAACGGAAUUUUUAAAAAAUUCUUCUUUGUUUGAUACUUUAGUGUUUUUUUCAUUCGUUGGGUGUGUUUUAUAAAUCUGGUUCUAAACAAUGUUGCGCCGAAUUGUUUUGUGUGUUAUCGGUAUCAUUGCUAUCUAAUUUGGCCUGAACUGUGAUUUUUGCCGUCAAACUCGUCAAUAACGAGACAUUACCGGACGCUCCUGUACUUCAGUCAAAAACAGAAAUUCUUUCCUGAUUGUGAUAAAACACAUACAAUUUCGUAAACCAUGGAAGAACACUUGUACGACGAACUCCUGGUGGAGCUCGAGUGCCCCAUUUGCACCAACUACAUGAGCCCGCCGAUCCGCCAGUGCGCCACAGGCCACAGCGUGUGUGAAACUUGCCGAAAAAAACUACCCAAAUGCGCUCUCUGCCAAGGAAAAUUCACCGAAUCGCGCAACAUUUCCCUGGAAGGCCUAGCCGUCAAAAUGCGCUAUCCUUGCAUCAACAAACCAGCUGGUUGCAUGGCCAAACUGUCCUUCACAGAGCGCGAAACCCACGAGUUGCGGUGCCCCCUUAAAGGCUUCAAAUGCGCAAUGGACAAGUGCUCAUGGGUGGGCAAACUGGAGGACCUAGCUGCCCACUGGGCGUCCAAAAAGACGUCCAGUAAGCCCUACCACAAAAGCAACGUCUGUCACACUAAAAUGAAAGCAGAGUCCUAUUACGUAAAUAUAGUAGAAGCCUAUAACAAAUUGUUCUGGUUCAAGUGCAAACUCACCAAAAAUAAGUUGUUUUGGGCCGUUCAGUACAUAGGGAGCGCGAAAGAGGCCGAUGGUUUUUCUUACGAGAUAGAGAUUUUCAAACCAGGGAGGUCAAAAAAGAAGAUUACUAUGAGUGAUUACUGUCAAGGGAUUGAUUUGGAGAACCAAGAGUUGUUCAGUGAAGAGGCGUGUGUUUCGAUUAAUGUAGAUUCCGUUAGCAGUUUUGUAACUGGGGAGCAAAUAUUGAUUUAUUACUUGAGGGUGAAUAUGGUGCAAGAGGAAAAAUUGAUGCAGCCAGUUGCACUAUUGCAACAGGAGGUCAAGAGUGCCAAGAGUGAUACGGUCAAACACAGAGAUAGGUCAAAGGGGCCCCCAACUCCAGGUCACAAGGUUAACAAAAAAAAAGCUGCUAGUGCUACGAAUAAACCCCAGUACAAGCAGAAAAAUGAUGGCUUUGACAAGCAAAAGAAUGAUGGUUUUGUUUUGCUCUAAUAUUAUGUAUAACUUCACGCAUUAAUUUUUUAAAGAAAGUUUAGUUUAACACGUUUGUUGUAAAACAUGUACUACAUCCAAUAAAGUUUGAGUUUCAGGUGUUUAAUAAA